UUACCCGAUUGACACUUUCGGGCCUUUGAACCCCCGCAGAUCCUUUUAAAAAGUUGUCAAAUAAAUGUUUGCGUUAUUAAAAGUGUCUCUCGUCCCUUAAUAAUAUCGCAUUUUCAAACAAAAGUAUUAUUCUUUUUUUUAAUAGUCAUUAAACGAGUUUUAUAAACUCUCUUUGAGGUUAGGACGCUGAAAAAAUGCUGCACAUUCUAUUGGUUCUAUCGUCAGGAACGUCAGUGACGUAGGCCUUCUCUCACUGUUUCUUUAUUUGUAGAUCUCGCAGAUUGCCGUAGAUCCCAAGUUAGGCUAAAGCUGAUAUUUAGCGAAUGCGGAAUCUUUUAGCCUUUCAGCAAAGGCCCGCGGAUAAUGUUGACCCAGGAAGUGGUUCGCGUUAAAAGUUAAGUACAAAUUCGCGAAGACCUGCAGGUCGGGAUGCGUUUUAUGAUUCCGUCUAUUCGCGUCUUCCGAAGGGAGCGAAUAGCACAAAUUGUCUGAAGUAACCGGGUGGUCUGAUAGAAAAGAAAAACUUGUCAUUUUUUCGAAACCGAUCACGAUGUCCAUCGUCGUCGAAGAGUUCAACUACCUGUGUCGCCUGUGCGCGACCAAGACAGGAAUCCUGAUGGGAUUGCCGAUUUUCGAUGCUAAUGGCGAGGAGAUGAGAAACAUCGACAAGAAAAUCGCCGCGUGCUUGUCCGUCCAGGUAUCGAUGGAUGACCAGCUUCCGAAGGUUGUCUGCGGAGAAUGUGCCUUCAAACUAGAUCAACUAUUUGACUUUCGCGAGAAAUGUCUCCACACCGAGGAAAUGUUUAUGGACAUGUUGAAGGAAAUCUCAAAGCCAGAAGCACACAUGGACCACCAUCUCCACAUGGAGACGAUACAAAAUGGGAUGGAGAGUAUUCAGUCAAACAUAGAAGAAAUGCAAAACCAUGCAAAUGGGAAUCCGCACAACUCUGGGGAAACAAUGCACACGAUGCAGGUAAUGGACGACAUGGAUUUAGCUGGAGACGAACAAGUCGUAGCCCAGGAAGAAAUUGGUCACCAGGACGGUAACCUCGAAGUUUCUGAUAUCCAUUGUUUAGAUGGGGCGACCGUUAGAAUGGUUGACGAACAUAUCAGAGAAGUGUCCAACCAUCAGAUCACUAUGCAUUUAGAGGGAGACAUGACUGUUGUAGGGAGUUUGACUGUCGAUGGUCACUUGGAUCCACUUGAAAUUAAUUACGUUACGGCCGUCAAUCCCGAGACGAGUCGAGAGCAAAUUGUACACUACUGCGAAAGUGUGAAGUACGAGUCUGUGACUGUAAAAGACGAAUUUCAAAGGCUGCAUGAGAGACUGAGUGUUGAACCUGCGUCUUCUCACGUUAUUGAAAAUAACAUGACUGCAAAUAGUUAUUCCCCAUUUCAUGAGGUGAAAGAAUCCUUCACCACUGAACCUGAAUCAGUGAAUUCAUCCCACGCAGAUGCACUUCCUUCAACCAGUCAUGUAAAUUCCGAGAGUUGCAUGAUGGUAGAGUAUUCGAAAAGGACGAAAAAGACUCUUCUCGAAUCGAUUUUAGAAAAUCCAACCAUCAACAACGGAAUGUCCUGGUUCAUUUGUCCAUUUUGUAACGAAGCCACUUCGGAGCCAAACGACUUGAUGUCACACUACGAACAGCACUUUUGCAAUUGUGCCUGUGGUCUUUAUUUUACGAGUAUGGAGGCACUAGGGCUCCACAAGCAAGACUGCGACAAAUGCAAAAACAGUGGAAAGGAGAAAAAGGCUGUGCAAAUGAAGGCUGAUACCUCUGGGAAACCCAUAGAGAAUCAGGAGGAUCAAAAGAAACAACCGGCUGUCCGACAAAAGUGGACCCCAAAAAUAUGCUCACAGUGCGGAAAGCAAUACCGGACUAAUUACAAAUUGCAGGAGCAUAUGCGGAAGCAUACUGGAGAAAAACCCUUUCAGUGUUCGAUGUGCGAGAAGGCCUUUAGGAGCAAAAUUGGACUUGCACAACAUUUUGCAAUGCAUACGGGACAAUUCGAUUAUAAUUGUUCGACUUGUGGAAAAGGAUUUCAGUGCAAAAGUUAUCUCAUCGUGCAUCAAAGGGUACAUUCGGACCUAAAACCUUACCCUUGUGAAACAUGCGGUCAGAAUUUCAAAACGAAACAAUCACUCCUCGACCAUCAAAAUCGUCACUUGGGUGUAAAACCCUACAUGUGCGAAAUAUGCGGCCGAGGAUUUAUCACCAAGGGUCUCUGCAAAAGUCACCAGAAAAUCCACUCGGGAAUGGACAAUCGCCAGUACCCCUGUGAGGUCUGCAACAAAAUGUUCGUCAGUAAAAGUUACCUGAAUACCCAUCUACGAAUUCACACGGGCGAAAAACCUUAUCUUUGCGAGGUCUGUGGUAAGGGUUUCUUGACGAGGGUAGAUCUUAAAAUUCACUCCACCAUGCACACUGGAGAAAAAAGUUUCAAAUGUGACAUGUGUGGCAAAGUUUUCGCCAGGCGAGCUGCCCUUCGAUGCCACAGGAGGUCGCACACUGGCGAACGACCAUACAGAUGUGAGACUUGCGGAAAAACGUUUACUCAAUUUAGUCCCAUGGCGAUUCACAAGCGGCUACAUACUGGAGAAAGACCGUAUGAAUGUGAUGCCUGUGGAAAAGCUUUUGUUUCCAGAUCGACGAUGAUGUGCCAUAGGAAAAAGCAUCACGGUUCAACCGAUCAACAAAAAGAUGAUAAAUUGCCUGAUAUUCCAGAAACGAUUGUCGGUGAAUAGGAUGGAAUUCAAGCCUCUGGGGAAUAAUUAUAAAUAGUAAUUCUUGGAAAGUAUGUCGGGGUGGCCACUGAAUCGAGACAUCGGGAAUUGACCGGAAAUCUUUGAAGACCGAGAAAUUACCGAAAAUUCAUGUAGUGUAAACUGGGGCUAAGCGUCGCACCCUUCAUUCUGUAUUGCAAACCAAAAUAUUGUUUUUUCUACGUUUUGCCACUUUUAGCCGAACGUAUUUUUUAUCUAGAUUAUGCAAAUAUUGCAUCCAGAAAUGCAAAAUCAAGGGUACGCCGCUUAGCCCCAGUUCACGGUUGUCGUGUUUAAAUUUUUUCUAAUUGUGUAGCUGAAUGUAGCUCAUGAAAUUUUCGUAAAUUAACCUUAAAUUACGAAAAAAUUUAUGCAAUUUUGUGCAAUGAUCAAUUACUCCUUUCUAGAAAAAUAUUCAAACAUAAAAAUGCCUUAACUCUAUACAAAUAUUUCACAAAAAUGUUUGCAUUGAUUUCAUAAUUUUCGUGGAUCUUAUCGUGUAUUUAAAACUCGCAGCUCGACGAUAAUAUGUCUUAAUAUAUUUAAUUUAUAUUUAAUUCCAAAGAAAGGAUUGUCGUAAUCGGGAGAAUUUAUAAAUGUAUGCUAGUAAAAAAGUGACAAUAACAUUAAUCAAAAUUAGGAUUGAUAUUCUUAUCGAACAAGUAUAAUUAAAAAAAAAUUGGUUUGUAAAUUGUUGAGAAUGUUGUACAAAUUUACAAAAUUAUACAAAACGUGUUUGAUUCAACGGUUUUGAAUCUACUGUCUGGGAUUGUUUGUCCCCUCAGCUCUUUUAUUAAUUUUUCUUCACCGUUAAAAAUAGUGCCAACAUAUUUUUUCUGAAGUGAUUUUUAUAAAAAACUUGUAUAAUAAUUUGCAAAAUAUUUAUUUUAUGAAUAAGAUUUGUAUGAAAAACAAAACGUUUCAAUCUAAAAUUAUUAUUUCUUAAAAUUUUGCUAUUUAAGACUAUCUUCAAAUCGUAAAUAUUUGAAAAUUUCAGAAUUGAAACAAAAUAAUUUUUUAUGUUUGAAAUUUUUUACAAAUGGGAGAAUUUUUUCUCUGUAAACGAAAUGAGUAAUUUAUACAUAGUAAUUAAUCAAAAAAGGUUCUGUGCUUUAUUCUAAUUAAAUUUGUUUAGAUUUGAAUGGCUCGUGAAGAUUUUUUUGCAAGAUUUCAGUGGUCCGCUUGUAAAUUUAUAGAAAUCACAUUAAAAGUGCUUUAAAUUGGUAAGCAUUGAAAUUUGAUAUUCUCCAAACUUUAUAACUUGGACCUAAUGGGUGCUGGAAAUUACAUUUUUAGUUAAUCAAGUUUUAAUCAAGGUUUCAAUUGAAAUUCAUAAUCACUGAUUAUGAAAAUCAAUGAGGUGAUUUAAAAUGCAUGUGACUUCAUAAUUUAUACAUAAUAAUCAAAAUGCAAAUUUGAAAGACAUUGACUUCCAAUUUUGUUGUUUAUAUGCUUCCAUUGUUGUGAAGUGCUUGAAUCAAAAAUGCAUUUGCCUGUGGCUUUUACCCCUGGUUUGAAUCUAGAAUUUUAACUUUAAGAAAUGAACAGAUGUUUGAAAUUCUAAAAAAAGUGUUUCUUGGAGUUUUUGAAUUCCUCAGAAAUAUCUCGCAAGUCUUCGCAAGUUCACUUUAAAGCUUGUACAUGAGGCAAUAUUAUAUAUUAGAUGAAUUUUUCACUUUAAUAAGAAUGGUCAAUAAAGAAUAUGAAAUCCAUUAUUAAUUUGAUUUUUUAUUAAGUAUUUAAAUAUUUUCUGAUGUUCUUGUUAAAUAAGGCACAAAAUUUCUUAUGUGAAUUUCUUUCAGUGCAAAAGAAUAUUUGUGAUUUGUACUAUCUAUUCGCUACAAAAGGAGAAAGGUAAAUUGCCACUAUCGUCGAUCAUUAUUUAAAAGAAAUUUAGAUACCAUUGCCUGGAAAAAUUGUGAAUAAAUUUUUCUAUUGAAUGUGUAAGUUAGACCCCGAAUUCGCCUCAUCACCUUGCAUGAGAUCAAGGUCUAAUGUUGAACGAAGAGUUAUUCGUUUCACAUUGUAGAUUGUCCGUAAGAUUCGCCAGAGAUGAAUACAAUUGAAUGCGAGUUCAAUUUUUAAAUGCCACAAUGUGCUUUUUGAAUGUUGUUGACUACGAGAGAUUUGUAAAUAUUGGGAAAGUCGAGUAAAAAAAAUCAGGAAUUGUCCUGGCCCAUUGCAUUUUACUUGCUACCUAGGAUAUUAUCGUUUACGGAUAAUAUUUAUUUGAUACAUCAACAUAUCGUUAUCAUUUUCAUUUCUGUAUUACCAUUAUGAAUCAAUAAAAAAAUUUCGUACGAAA